AUGGUCCGACAUGUGGUAGAGGAGCAACAGAGGAGCAAUGGAGGUGCAGAGCUUCACUCUGCUUCAGAGAAAGGCAAACUAGACUGGACCUACGUCCCUGGCUACAUUUUAGUGGUUGUCUUAAUUAUUGAAAUACGGUGCAAAAAUGAUACUGAAGCUCUUAUACACAUAGCGUACAAUAAAUUAAUUAUGAGGAGGAUCAUUGCUAAGAGGGAAAGUAAGUGUGACCUGGAUGAAUAUAAUUUAGGUGUUCAGUGCUGCAAGAAAUGUGAACGUGGUUUUGUUAAAAAGAUUGACUGCCCAACAGAUACUAGCAAACACUGUGCUCCAUGUGAAAAUGGAAAGGAGUACAUACAUCAUGUCAAUGAUGCGGACAAGUGCUUGAGAUGCUCUUCAUGUGAUAGCAUAUUCGGUUUGGAGGUGGCAAAGAACUGUACUCCAGCACAGAACACAGAAUGCACCUGUGCAAAGAACCAUUUUUGCAAUUCUACUGUACCAUGUAGUCAUUGCAAUCCAUGUACCACAUGUGAAAGUGGCGUAAUUGAAAGACAAUGUACUUCGACUUCAGACACUGUGUGUGGAAUGAAAGAAACAGCCAUGCCAUCAUGGGCCACUGCUUUGAUAAUUGUGUUAGUACUGCUACUACCAGCUGGAGCGAUAUUCUGGUACAAGAGAAAACAGAAAGGUCUUACUGGCAAGGAGAAUCUAGGUGAAGUAGUUCCCAAAACAGAGGCUUCUUAUGAGAAUGUACCUCUCAUAUACACAGAUGUUGACCUGAGCAGCCAUGUUGCUGGUAUCGUGGAGGAGAUGACACUCCAAGAAGUCAAGACGUUUGUUCGUAAUCACAAAGUACCAGAACCUGUCAUAGAUCAAACUGUUCGGGAUUAUUUUAGUGAUACAUCUGAACAGAAGAUUAAACUGUUUCAAGUCUGGUAUCAAAGACAUGGCAUAAAAGGAGCCUAUGGAACCCUAAUAAACAGCCUGAGAGAGUUUAAAAUGUGCACUGCCGCUGAUAAAAUUGAGGAAAAACUGAAGGCAGCUGUUUCCAGCUGUCAGGAAGGGGGACAGUCUGAUAAUGAUGACACUGAGCAAAGCAAGACCUGCACUCAGGAAGGUAGAAAUUCUUACAAUGAUAGUGCUGAGCUAAGUAACACCUAUUCUGGUAGUUUGGAAGAGACAUAG